CCAACAUAAGACAACACUCGUGGAGAAACGCCAUUAAAAGCUAUUGACUGUACAGGGGGCGCUGUCUGUCAACUUCUUCGCGUCUUCCUGUCGGUCGCACUAAUACAAUUUUCAAACUGCGCAAAGAGGCUACAAUGGCGCGUUGAACACUUUGAAGCAUUCCUUUCAAAUACUGUUGAAUGGUGUCUUUGUAUGCAGCAUGAGAGGUUGAAGUUGACAAACAAAGCACUGAAACAAACUAGGAGAAAUUCGUGUAAGAAGUUCAGUAAUUUUCACUGGGAGAAAGAGCCCUGUCUUCUGAGGGAACUUUUUACUGCCAUUCACUUUUAAAAAAGAAAAGAAAAGAAAAAAAACAGAUGCUACAAUGGUGCUUAUGAUCUUCGCCCUUGUAUCCAUGACUGUAGCACAGGCAGCGGCCUCCACGACUCUGGACUUUCAGGCUGAAGACGCCAAAGGCUUUGCUGAGGACAGAAUUCACUGGCGUUCCAAUGCCCGCAAUGACAGGGCCGUAUGGCUUCACAACAUCGGUGAAUACUUGACCAUCACCAUCUGCUUGCUUGAACCAAUGCACGUUACGGUAGAAGAGGUUCGAUUUUCAAGCGAUGGAUUGGAGAAACGGGGGGCUAUUCUGGUUGACAAGAACGAGAUAGACACGUUUUCGACGGCCGGCAAAUCCGAUUUUGGAAAGAAUUGGAACGUGUUUCAGACUGCUGGCCCCUUUAAUAAAACUGCCUUGGCGAAAGGCAAACACACAUUCGACGUUCUGAUGAAGUCGUCGAUGGAUCCUUGGGGCAUUGGAGAUUGACCAGAUUGUUGUGCGAUUUGAGGGCGAGGUGCGUCGCGAGGACAUUGUCUGCUCCGAAGAGCAAACGAGUUCCUCACCAGUAACUGCGCCCUCUGACAGCAGCGUGCUUUCUACUACAGCCAGCAGUCACGGACCACACAGCAGCACGACCUCCUCUUCGUCGUCAACUACAUUUCUGGACUGUACUGGUGGCAGAUGUGGGAGUACUUCGGUGACCUCGACACCUGAAACAACGUCUUCUCCCAUGUCUGUGGCUCAGACGUCCUCGUCCUCGUCCACGUCCAUUUUCAUGAGCACUUCCCAGUCUACUUUGUCUCCACAACGUUCUUGACAAGCAGUUUCAAACCCUCGUCAGAGGGAGAUCGGCAAACAAUUUCGUCGCCAAGAACACCAACUACGGAUGAGUCAGAUGGGCUACAAAGCACCACUCGCAUAACGUUCGGUGUUUUCUGAAGGUACUUCUGGCUUUGACUCAAGCACAGACAGAACAAGUUCGACAACUGACAGAACAGGAGAGACAACUCAGGUAAGCUCAAUCACUAAAACCCUGGUGACAGCAGAGACGUCUUCUGACACUGGAAAAACACCAAACAAUGCUGAAACUGUUACAACCUCUUUUUACUCAUCCACGGCAAGUGUAGAUGUGGUCAGUCCAUCUGCUCUCGGUGGCGAAACGUCUCCUAUCGAUGGAAAAGAGGCAGGUAGAAGGGAGCAUACUCUCACGGACUUAAUAACACGUGACCAAGGCCUGACGACUCAUCGGGACCAAAUAACCUUAGGAAGCGAUACCUCUACCUAUGAAGGAGCGACAUCUAGUGCGCAUGAAACAACCACCUUUGUAAUACCUACAACUACCGAAGGUGAGCUCACCAUGAGUCCCUCUGAACGGAAAGUUUCUCAGGUAAGCGAGGUAACUCUUUCUGAGAGAACAGCAGCUUCAGGUGGUACAACAAAAGUACAGACGCUUGGGCCAGAUACAAUACUCUGGUAUGGAGAAACAACUACUGAGAUUAUACCAGAAAACAGCAACUGAAGAUAACAAGACUUCUAUAAGCGAAAGAAAUCCAGAGGAGACGGCCACGCCUACCGUUUCAGGUGAAGAGCUCGCUUAUAACGUCAAUGAAACAUGGAGUCAUGGAAAGACGGAAGGUGUAGAAAGCACAACACAGAAUGUUUGGCUAACAUCUGUCGGAGAUGAGACGACUUCCAGAGAAACAAACACUCCAGGUCUGACAUCUGGCAGAGAGAGACUAACAGAUGGCGCGACAACUCAGUCUGUAUGGAAAACAACUGACGUGUUUGGUUCUAGUGGAAAGACGUCGGACUAUACAGAUGAAGAUCGCAUUUACAAGGGAACAACGAAUUUGGAGGGCUUUACUCUUUCGUCUGAAUUGAAAACUGCUGGUGUAGACGAAACAACACCUGUUGUACCCGACACGUCAUACCGAGCAGUACACAUGCUGAGUACAGAUGAGACAACUGUCUCAGUAAAAACAACACCUACUGUACAUGAGGUGAACACGUUAGAAGGACCUACGCCAGGGUUAGGCGUAGGGGAGACAACUGCAUUUAGGGAAACGCCAAGCGUAUACGAUACAACGCAGUCUGUUGUAAAGAUAACAGGUGCUGAAGGUGUUACAACGAGGUCACGUGAUGUAUACUACACCACUCCUUUAGAUUGGAUUAUAGCUAGUGUCAGUGAGGUGACAACACCUCCAGGAGAGGAGUCAGGUUCUGGUGCUCUAACUGUAUCUAGUGUCAGUGAGGUGACACCACCUCAAGGAGAGGAGUCAGGUGCUGGUGCUCUAACUGUAUCUACUGUCAGUGAGGUGACACCACCUCCAGGAGAGGAGUCAGGUUCUGGUGCUCUAACUGUAUCUAGUGUAAGUGAGGUGACACCACCUCCAGGAGAGGAGUCAGGUUCUGGUGCCCUAAAUAUAUCAAUGUUGAUGACCUGAUAACACCGCAAGAAGAGACGACAAGUCCAUAUCUCAAACAAGUAACAUCUGAACAAAAGAUCUUAGCAACUGCAUCGACGUCCUCAGGAGAAAUGUCAUCAGGUGAAACACAGACAGUUCUGUCUUGGAAAGAGACAUCUUUUUCCUGGAAAACAACCCAGCGUGUAGAAAGUUUGCCUCAAGCGAGACUCCCUUGCUUCCGAAAAGUUCACAUGGGUUAGAACAGACAACUCUGAGUGCAGAGACAAAGUUUGACACUAGCACAUCAACAUCUGAUAAAGUGACAUCCGUUGCUUAUGGAACUUCCCCUUCCACUUCGUCAGAACAUUUUGCUGGCUUUAGUCAGAACUCCACUUUAGAGCAGACCACUUCAGCGUCCACCACGUCCAGGACUGUGACCGCCAGUGAGAACUUUUCCUUCUUGUGUUUGCGCCCCGAGGCUACGACAAUCAUAAAGAGAACAUCGUUUUCGUGCUACGAAGAGCGUUACAUUUUCAACGUCCACGUAUCGCAGGUGACCGACUUGUACCUAUCCGUGCACAACCCUGCCGCAGCGCCCCGCUCCAAGAGACAAGCUGCACUGCAUCGUUCGACCUUAGCCUCUGCAGGCAAAUUAAAACACUCGACAGCCAGGGAUGACUGUUGGUCAAUGGGCAUAUCCCUAAAUGCUCUCCCCGCGGAGAUUAGGACUGUCUCUACUCUCCGCCAGCUCGACGUCGUUCUCCCAGCAAUCAUCAGUGCCUUCUCUGCGCGUUCCCUGAAGUUGAGGUUUAAUCUAAAGGGAUUUGAAGCGAGACUGAAAAGUAGGAACGCCGUAUCGUUUGUCCUUACCAUGAGGACUUCAUGCAGUUUCGGUAGCUCUACGGUAGACAUGCAGGUCCGAGAUCUGGACACAGACGACGUCGUCGUCCGAAAAAUGGGCACCAUCUUGUACGACGAUCCCACGUUGUCAAGCUCUCUUGCGCUGGUCAUUCCGGCCUCCGUGCUGACGAUGGAAAUUCAGCUCAAUUUCAGUGCCGCCAGUCACAGCUUCAUCCUAGACGCUCUGGUCUUUGAGGUGGAAUAUGAUGAGUCAGCGGUUGGCCAGGACAAAGUUCCUAUAGCGGACAGCGCAGCCGCCUACAAUGGGUGGCUGGGAAAGAAGGACAAGCGAUAUUUCCUUACCAGAACGAAAGACGUGCAGUUAGAGGGUAUCAAUAGACCUGGCACGAAGGCCAUGACAGUGAAAGCCAGAAGAAAAGCCGGAAAUGGCAUCGAGAUCAGAGCCUCUAGGCUGAUCUUCUCAGGGGUCAAUGUGGAAAGCUACGUGCCUCGCGUGAUCUUCGACCAAACCUCCCGCAUCUUCUUCUUCCCACAAAGGGACCCCUCCAGCCAGGCAUCCUUCAUCCUAGGCCCACGUGACCCCUACGCAGUAGACGACGUCGACAGCGAUCUAGACGAGGUGGAGGUGGACGACCAAGGCGAUGGCAACUUUACGAUGAACCUCACCAGCACCAAGUACGGCCAGAGAUCGUUGGUCAUCGGCAUAACAUCUACCACGACGACCGUCCUCAUGUCGAAGAUGGAAGACCGCUUCCGUGACCGUUUGACUAGCUACAUCGUCUGUUCAUUUCUGCUUCCCUGCUCUGAGUACGGGUUAAGCUCACAGACCUUCAUUCGAGUCGAUGAUUCCAAAGAAAUCAACGCCGCUGGUCCUUGGCAGAUGUCACGGGCAAAUCAGUCAAAGUCUCACGUGUUUUUCCAGUCUAGUGAUCCUGUUUGAUGGAGUCUGCUACACACAAUUCACGUGCUCACAGAGAACAAGCGCUGUUGGCGAUAGCAGUGAAAAGAACGACCAAAGCAGGACAGUCCUUUUAUAUAGAGUGGUGACCAUCAUAAAAUUAACAAGACGUUAGAGCCUCCAUAGAUUUUUAAACAGAAAAUGCAAAGCUGGAAACUAGUGUGACGGAAUUUGUUUCAUAAGAAGGCACAAAAUAAAAGGAAGGCAGAAAAUU